CAAUGCGCUCAGUUCAACCCGGAAGAGUCCAAAUAAACUUUCACUUUAAUGUAGAUCCAUUCAGAGCGCUUUCCGACAAUGUAAAUUGAGAAAAGAAAAAAAAAGUAUUUUUUUUAUAGGCUCUAGUUUUUAAACACUUUCAUUGUAGAAUGUGUUUGCGUUUUGUGUUUAUUAUUUUAUUGUUUCACUCUUUUCUUGGUGAUGCGCUGCAAGAGAAACAUUACCUGCACUUCAAGUUCACAGCCCUUUCCAAAGCAAACACACUCCCAGAGUUCAGUGCUGAGGCUGUUGUUGACGGCAGACAGAUCAUUCACUACAAUAAUGAAGAUCAGUCCUGGGUAAGAUCGAGUCUGACUGAAGAUGACUGGACUGAAGCUCCUGCACUACCACCUGAUUCUAGAGACUGGUUCAUACAUCAGAUGAAGACUCUGUCAAACUGCACAAACACACAGUGUUCUGAGCUCCAUGUUCUUCAGAGAAUAAUUGGUUGUGAACUGAAGAAACUUCCUGAUGGAACAGAGAGUCUGAGAGCAUUUGAUGAAUAUGGAUUUGAUGGAGAGGAUUUUAUUGCUUUUAAUUCUGACACUCUGCAGUGGAUUGAUAAAAAACCCAAAGCCAAAGAAACCAAAAUCAAAUGGGAUCAGCAAACAAAACACAAUGAACACUUGCAGCAUUAUCUCAAGACCUGCAUGAACUGGAUUUCAACUUUUAAGAACAUGAAGAAGACUCCACCAGAUGUUCAUGUGUUUGUGAGGAAAGCUCCUGAUGAUCAAAAUAAGCAGGUUCUGAGCUGUCUGGCCACUGGUUUCUAUCCCAGAGAUAUUAAGAUGAACAUCAGAUUGUACAGAAAUAUAAUUAAGGACCAAACAUCAUCUGAAAUCAGACCAAAUGCUGAUGGAUCCUUUCAGAUGAGAGUCAGUGUGGAGAUCGACAGAAACCACAAAGAGUUUUAUGACUGUUUUGUCAUUCACAGCAGUCUGACAGAACCAGCUGUAGUAGAAUGGGAGAAACAUUACCUGCACUUCAAGUUCACAGCCCUUUCCAAAGCAAACACACUCCCAGAGUUCAGUGCUGAGGCUGUUGCUGAUGACAGACAGAUCAUUCACUACAAUAAUGAAGAUCAGUCCUGGGUAAGAUCGAGUCUGACUGAAGAUGACUGGACUGAAGCUCCUGCACUACCACCUGAUUCUAGAGACUGGUUCAUACAUCAGAUGAAGACUCUGUCAAACUGCGCAAGCACACAGUGUUCUGAGCUCCAUGUUCUUCAGAGAAUAAUUGGUUGUGAACUGGAGAAACUUCCUGAUGGAACAAUGAAUCUGACAGUAUUUGAUGAAUAUGGAUUUGAUGGAGAGGAUUUUAUUACCUUUAAUUCUGACACUCUGCAGUGGAUUGAUAAAAACCCCAAAGCCAAAGAAACUAAAAUGAAAUGGGAUCAGCAAACAGAACGCAAUGAACUCCUGCAGCAUUUCCUCAAGACCUGCAUGAACUGGAUUUCAACUUUUAACAACAUGAAGAAGACUCCACCAGAUGUUCAUGUGUUUGUGAGGAAAGCUCCUGGUGAUCAAUGUAAGCUGGUUCUGAGCUGUCUGGUCACUGGUUUCUACCCCAGAGAUAUUAAGAUGAACAUCAGAUUGUACAGAAAUAUUAUUAAGGACCAAACAUCAUCUGAAAUCAGACCAAAUGCUGAUGGAUCCUGUCAGAUGAGAUCCAGUGUGAAGAUCGACAGAAACCUCAAAGGAUCUUAUGACUGUCUGGUCAUUCACAGCAGUCUGACAGAACCAGCUGUAGUAGAAUGGGAUGGGAAUUAUGCUGACUGUGAAACAGAGUCUCAGUGGGCUUUAAAAGCAGUAUUAAUAACAGUUUCAGUAGUUCUAGUCCUCAUUGUGAUCUCUUACUGCAUCUACCGAAGAAAACGGUUAAAUGGUGGUCAGUCGAGCGGUUAUGGUGAUCGAACUACAAGAGAGAUGAGAACCGAGCAUCAUCCUUCACACAAAGGUCAGAGAAGCAGUUAUGAUGUUGAAAUGGGAGCGAAGAUGAGACUUCACUCUGAUAGAGAAGAGAUGUCCAGUCCUGAAAGUAAAAGAAGAGUAUGGUAUUUUAAAAACGGAUCAUCUCCACACACAGAUAUCUCUGGAUCUCCGAGAUGUGAACAGCUUGUGUUUUGUACGUGCUGAUUAGAAAUUAUGUUUGGCACAUAAUUUUUGCUAUUUAUGUAAUAGUAUUGUUCUCUGGGAAGUAUCGGGAGUACUGCAAAAUUACACAUUGAGGUUUAUGUGAAAUAUUUUACACUGACAUCAUUAGUAGACCAUUUUUACAUUUCACUUUUGUAUUUUCAUUUGCUCCAGCAGCAGUAAUCCAAAAUAACAUUUAUUGACUUUCUUAAUUAAAACAAACAAACAAAUAAAUAAAUAAAUGAGAAACUGAUUACUGCUGUCAGAAGAGAAAGAUGUCAAAUUGACAUCAUUUUCUCAGCUGCUGCAUUAGAUAAACUCAUAAAACAGUGUGUACUAUUGUGUUCAUUGGAUUUUUAAAAAUGUGCAUUUGAAAAACUUGAAGUUUAUUGAUGUUUUGAUGUUUAGUGUUACUGACCGUGAAAACAAAACAUCACAGUUUGUGAAAAGGAGCUGUGAAAACAACAAUUGCACUGUAUUUUGUGUUGCUGCUUAUACUUUUAAAUGAAGUGUGUUAUUGCACCAAUAUUAUUUUUUUAAUAGCUUUGUUAUUGUUACUUGAACAAAAUGUUUCCAAUAAAUAUAGAUAUAUCUCUUAGCCACAUUUUAAA